AUGGAACAUGUUGCAUUUUCAUGGAAGUCAUUUGGGACUAGUAAUGAAAAUUGGGCUUGUCACUGGCAUCAUCUCCCUCAAUGCAUAGCUGUGGGAAGGACUUUUGCAGCUCUAAAGAAUUACCAAGUAGAUGGGAAUAAGGAGAUGAUUGCAAUUGGGCUUAUGAACAUAGUUGGUUCUUCCACUUCUUGCUAUGUUACAACAAGUGCUUUCUCUCGAUCAACAGUGAAUCACAAUGCAGGGGCAAAAACUGCAGUCUCUAACAUAAUAAUGGGAGUGACAGUGAUGGUGACACUCCUCUUCCUCAUGCCACUGUUCCAAUACACACCAAACGUUGUGUUGGGUGCAAUCAUAGUCACAACAGUUGUUGGCCUCAUUGACCUUCUUGCUGCUUAUCACAUCUAG